GCCGUACGCGGCCAAUCGGAGUCGCGGAAAAGGACCCGUGCCUCCGAGUUGUGCAGCAAUGCCGUCACGUGACGCUCGGAAAAGAGGAAUGCCAACAUGGACCCGUGGCAAGGACGGGAUGUGAGCGUGCGACGACAAUAACACGACGGAGGAAAAGCUAAAGAGGAAAAAAAGGGAAAUAUAAACACACGGAAAGAGCCCGACGACGUCGCGUCUUUCUCCCCGACCGAGCCUCCUCCGAACGACGCACGGUUGGUUUUGGGGAUCGCACCUCUGGAUAGUGUUUCCUCCACAUCCUCUCCUCCGCAUUCGGCCCGGAUCAAUGGUGUCUCUCAGCAGCAGACCGCUGAGCUUGGAGAAUGAUGUGUUCAGGGACAGCAGCAGCAUGUUCUCCCUUGGCCUGGUAGAUGGAGCCUGCAGGAUGCUGGGCUGCUCGGCCUCCUGCGACCGCACAGAGGUCGUGCAGCUGGGCGCUGUGCACAGUUUCAGCCCUGAAGAGGAAGGGGAGGAGGACGACGAAGACGAGGACGAUGAUGAUGACAACGAUGACGACGGGGCGAGUCUGCAUAUUUUUCUAGGGGCAGAGGGAGACGACGACGAGGAGCGAGCGAGACGGGAGCCUAAGCUUCCAGACUUCCCUUUCCAACCCUCUUCCCCGUUCUCCCCGAGCCUGGAGGACAUUGACGAGUUCUUGAGGGAGAAGAUGGAGCUGGUCAAAGAGGGGCUACUAGCACCGAAAGAGGAGGCCUCCCCUCGACCACGCAUUGGCUCUCUGUCCUCCACUGCGCCGGCGGCUGCUCCCUCAGACACUAGUUGCGACCCGGAGACUAGUGCCUCUCACUGCACUUCAAACGCCCCUCGGAGCCCGGCCGACCUUUCCCCCUCCGGCCGAGCCAACUCGCCUUGCACCGCGAGCCCGCCGAUGCUCCUGGGCGCUCCGCUGGUCCUCCAGCUGCAGCCUCUGCCUGUGACCCGGCCACCGAUGCCAGCAGGCUCGCCACCCGGAGCCCAGAGUGGCCUUUGGCUCACCCAUGUGGUCAUGGGGCUCCAGGGUGCAACCGGGCAAAAUCUCACCCUGCUGGCUCCGCAGGGGACCUGCAACACCACCGCCCUGUUGUCACUGCACAGCGGAGAUGCCAAGUCGGCCGACCAGAAGUACGUGAGGAUCGCCCCGCUGCCCAUCACCGUGAGGACUCUAGAGAUCACUGGCGUGGGUGGGAUCGGGGGCCCGAGCCUGUUGAAAGCCAUGGCCCCCCGGGGGACCAGGCUGGCGCCUACGGAGAGGGUCCACAAGUGCUCCCACCCAGGCUGUGGGAAGAUGUACACCAAGAGCAGCCACCUGAAAGCUCACUUCCGCCGGCACACGGGGGAGAAACCCUACACGUGUAGCUGGCCAGAGUGCGGCUGGAGGUUCUCCCGCUCCGACGAGCUGUCCCGCCACCGCCGCUCCCACUCGGGCGUCAAGCCCUACGAGUGCUCGCUGUGCGAGAAGAAGUUUGCUCGCAGCGACCACCUGUCCAAACACACGAAGGUGCACCGCAGCUCCAGGCCCGGCAGGAUUAUCAGAGCCACUGUGUGAGGCGCCCUUUGCGGGCCCCUGAGCCACGCCAUGCGCGCCCCCACCCGGCCCGGCUUUGGGGGGGUUCCGGGUCUCCAUUGGGACUUUUGGUGCUUUCACUAACAGAACAUUCAGAAAAAUGGUGAGAGGUUUCCCCACCCACGUUUCGCUCCUCGCUGUUCCUCUUUCUUCCGAGUAGCUCUACUGAGCUGCCACCUCAGGAAAAAGUCAGCUGGAAGUGGAUUUCCUGGCCUGCGCCUGGCCACACACUUACAGUCUUACAGAGGCCCCUCUCGCAACCACUGAUCACACUACUGGUACCGAGCUACCAGGUGCUGUUUGUACGGUGGCUUCCGGCAACAGGAGCAUCUCUAAUUCUGUCAUUUCUACUUUUGUGAUUGGCCUUUUUCCCCAAAGCUAAACUUCAGGGUGAAAACGGAGAGAGCUUUUAAAACUUAUUAAAGUAAAACGACACACACACACACACACAUUAAAUGUGUUCUAACCGCAUGGACGCACUGGCGUGACAGCCGAUCGCUGUAAGUGUGAAAUUGUGAUUAAGUCAUCGGAAUCGCCUCUAAACACAAGAAGGGGUUCCCUCCAAACGAAAGGCCUAGCUGGGGCAAAUCUUACCAUGGUAGUUAUUGUGAACCCCCCCCCCACCCCCACCCCCUACCCCACAGCCCUCCAGGCCAGGCUCCUAAUCCACCACUCUUUUUGACCCGUAUGCCUUUUUCCACGGCCCCAGCACGCACUAAUCUCUAUUGAUGCCUUUGUCCGUUUCAUGAAACCAACCUUACUUGAUCCCGCUGUUAUCAUAUGACUGCUCUUAUUUGAACUGGGGAAGGGGGGGGCGCAAAACCAGAAAACCCUGUUCCGGCCUGUUAGAGAGAAUGAAGGCUACAUUUCAUGAGCUCAUUGUGCAGCCGACCCGCUCUGCCCACAAAGUACUGGGCCCCGUAUGUUACACUUAGACCCGACGGAGCAGAAGUGAUGUGAAGACACUGCUCUCGUUUACAGUAGCAGUUACUGUAAGCAUUUCUCUCUCUGAUAUAGCAGCAAUAAAAGCUAAUAGUUUAAAACGCUGGAAAGGCAGCUAACAUUUACUCCAUAAUCUGUAUUAGCGUAGUCCUUAUGAAGUGUACUGGACAUAAAGGAUAAAGAUAACGUGUACAGCUUCUAACUUUUAUAGAGAUGUUAUUUGUUUGUUUUUUAUUGGUGAGCAUUUCUUCAAUCAGUGCAUUAAGCUAUCAAGUCGCGUUCCCAGAAAGGAUUUUUCGGUCCAAUGUGAGUUUUUUGAUUGUCGAGUGAUCAAUCUGUGGAAUGUCAGACUGAUUACGGUCUGGGAUCUGAAAUCCCACUAACAAACCCUUAAGCUGAAUCUGCUGGUUUCAAGUGCACUUGCGUUAGUGGAAGUCCUUUUGCGCUUAUGGCAGUUCCAUAACAAGUUCUGGAACCAUAUAAAUGCCAAACGGUGAAUAGAAAAUGGUGAAAGAAGGUCAGUAAGUUGUUACUAUGAUUUCCUCUUUGAUCUCAAUGGAUUUGGUGAUUGUUAAUGUACCAGUUCUUCACACCAUGUAUUCACAUAUGUGGAUUGUGUCGGUCCAAAAACCUUAACUUGGCUCAAGCAACAUGGGUGCUUUUUGUUGUUGUUGAUUGAACCCCAAAGUAGAGCACUUCUGCAUGUAGCACUUGGCAAUAACCCUCAUAUCUCUGUCUCUUAGCAUUAUGGAUGUUUGGUUUCAUAAUAAACAAAAAACCAUGCUUAGCGAUGUAGAAACCCGUUGAAAGCAGCCAGGCCGGUGCUGUCUUUGUGUCUGAACCUCGCCGGGCUGCUUCUACUGACCUACAUCCAGACCUGUGUUUCCUAAUCAUCCUCCAAUGUUCUCUCUCUCUUCUCUACUGUGUAUCUGGUUGAACACAGGCUUCUUUUUUUGUAAUACCAGAUAUGCUAUUUUCCUAUUUGCAAAAAUAAAAAAAAGCAGAAAAUGAAAA